AUCGGACGGCGAGCAAGAGGGGACAAAUUUCGUAUGUCACAAAAGCGAAGGACUCAUCAUCGUCCUCUACAGUCACUGCUGUUAGCUUCAAUGUGAAAUAGUGAUAUUAUAAUCGUGGUAUUCAGUAGGGAUAUAUAUUUAUUAUAUAUAUUAUAUUUUAGUAUAAGUGGUCUGAAGGAACUUCUAGCACAAAAAUGUCAAAUCCGAAAGAAGAGGACAGAGAUUUAAAAGAUGCUGCACCUACAACAUUUUUACGAAAACUCAGAAUCUCAAUUGGUGGAAAGAGUGGAAAGUCUGAUAUUUUGCCUGGACAAAGAGAUGCUUUGUUGUGUGGUCAUCAAAUGCCGUCGAGUUACUUGAUUUCAUGGUGCAAAUUCAAUCUACAGCAGAAAAAGACUGAAUUCACUUGUCCAAGAUUUGAUGAGGACAAGAAGGGCAUAUGUGGCACAAAAUUCUCUUAUCAGGAUUUGUCUCAUACCGUCCCACUAACACCAUCACUGAAGGAAUUCUUUGAAGCGAGAAUCGGGGAGCUAUCCGCAGCACAGUUCUGUGAAUUUAAACCUUGUCCAGGAUGCAACUCAAAAGUGGAGCGAGCUGAUAAGAUGAACCUGUGUGUCCACUGUACCAUAUGCACUGCCCAGCUGGGAUACUCCUAUGAGUUCUGCUGGAACUGCAGCAGGAAAUGGGAAGGGGCAGCACAAAUUGCUGUGCGUUGUGGCCACAGUGACUGCAACAAGGCCAAGACAUUAAAAAAAAAAGAUUUGCUAACAUUGUGCCAGUCUGCAUUCAAGACCCAAAAGCUUCAGACAGAGGAAAAACAGGUGCUUUUUAAUCCCUUAAUCAUUAACCAUGAACUAUACAUUAAUGUGAAUGGCACAAUUGCUAUUAAACUUGCUUUUUUCACCCAGAUAUAUCCAACUAUGGAGAAAUCCAAAGACAGAAAGAGACUAGCUAUGAUCAUCAACAAUGUUGAAUUCAGAGUAAGUGCGUUUAAUCGGCUGGGAGCAGAGAAGGAUGAAGAAAGCAUGAGGAUUCUGCUUGAAGCCUUGGGUUAUGAUGUAAUCAUACUGAAUGACCUGUCUGCAGAGGGGAUGGAGGCUGCUGUGAGAGACUUCUCACAACACAAUGAACACAGAUAUUCAGAUAGCACAUUUCUUGUCAUAAUGUCCCAUGGUGGACCUGAUGGGAUUUAUGGCAUAGAUUAUGAUAAAAAUGAAGAUGACAUUUUCCUUGUGGAUAAAAUCUUCCACUACCUCGGCUCUGCGAACUGCCCUGGACUAACAGACAAGCCUAAAAUCAUCCUGAUUCAGGCUUGCAGAGGAGAUCAGGAUGGCCAUGUGUGGGUGUGUGAUGGUGUAAGGUCCAAUCAAGGAAUAAAACAACAUCGCGAGAAAGAUUUUGCCUGCUUCAGAUCCUGCACACCAGACACUGUAUCAAUGAGAAAUACUGGCACUGGUUCAGUCUUUAUCCAGAACCUUGUGAAAAUCUUCAACGAUCACUGUCAUGAGGACGACAUAAUGGAACUGUUCAGAAAGGUUGCUUACUGGUUUGAAAAUGCAGCAAAGGAAAAUGAUAUUCACUAUCAAAUGCCAAGUUUAGACAGAACCACCCUUGUCAAGAAAUUCUACCUGUUUCCUGGGCUUUGACACAAAAGUUCAAAUUACUGUCAUUGCUUUGAGCACUCUUCAAAAGUGACAUGUUACAAUUAAAGCCAUUUUUCUGUCAUUAUGUUAUACAAUAAAUAUUUAUGAUCUAUUCA